CAGUCAGCUGUGCAGUUAAGGGUGCCGUUAAAGUUAAAGGAGGCAGCUAACAAAUACACGAAUACAACACUAACAAAUACAUUUCGGGGAUUUACACAAUGGAUAAGAAUGCUACGCGUUACAAUGUACAACUGUAUAUUUAUGAUUUGUCGAGAGGAAUGGCUCGCAGUCUCAGUCCUAUCAUGUUAGGAAAACAACUGGAUGGUAUAUGGCACACAGCUAUUGUGUCAUACGGCGAUGAGUUCUUCUUUGGAGGGGAGGGUAUCUCUAGUUGUUCCCCGGGUGGAACGAUGCUGGGACCUCCGGACACAGUUGUGGAGCUAGGUGAGACUGAAGUGUCUGAGGAAAUCUUCAUGGAUUAUCUUGCGUCCCUGGGAGAAAGCACAUACAGAGGCGACAGGUAUCGUCUGUUUGAGCACAACUGCAACACGUUCACCAACGAGGUGGCUCAGUUUCUGACGGGCAGGACCAUCCCCUCUUACAUCACGGACCUUCCAUCUGAAGUCCUCUCCACGCCGUUUGGUCAGAUACUGCGGCCCAUCCUGGACUCCAUCCACAUCGCACCUCCAGGAGGUAACGUCAUCAAUGGAGGCAGAAACUCAUAAAGCUGUGAGUGCAGCAGAGUCACACAGUGUUACCGUGAGGUCACUUCCAUUGUGGUCAGUCACUUAGAAGUCCAAGAAACAAGUUUUUCUUUUCUCCUUAAAAUCUAGUCAGAUGCUGAAUACUGACCACUCCAUUUAGUUUGCAGGUGCCUUUGUGAGUUGACAUUUAAUACAAUGUACUGAUCAUUUUACCAGACCAGCAAAGCCUCAUGUCAACAUUUACGCUCCUACACUGUAAGUUUGAUGAGACUGACAAAAUGUCUGUGAAGAGUUUGUUAUUUGUUCAAAAUGAAGAGGCAGAGAACUUCAACAGGUAUUUUACUGAACACUUCUGAGGCACUGCAACUUCAUUAAAUUUGCUUUUACUGCAUGAAACAAUAGUGUAUAUCUGCAAGCUGCAAUUAAAAUACAAAAUAAUACCUCCUCGCACAUUAGUGCGUUAAGCUAAUUUAACAUUUUAAAAAACUCUUUACACACGUCAUUAUUUCCAUGAAUACAGAUACAGAUUUAGCUAUUCUGUAAGGGUUUCAUUGACAUAUCAGGUUUUACAUGUGGGUCAUUGGCUGCUGACUACAAUGGAAAUAAUCUAUAGGUGCGCACUUUUGCAUAGGUAAAGGUUUAAUAUAUUAAAUUGAAUGGAUGCAGGUUGAUGUAAAAUAGGGAAACAAAUGUCUGAAUCUUUUGAAAUCAAUCACGUUUUAAUUUUGCACUUUUGUUGUUUUUAUUUAAUGUUAUUUGGUUGCUUUGAUUUUCAUUCAGCAGUGUCCGCAGUCAUUUUGUACCUGAACGUUUGUACCUAGUCUCUGUGCUCAAUUCACCUGCUAACUGAACCUCACGUUGUCAUUCCAUUUGUCACAUGGUUUUUUGACGCCUGUAUCUCUGAGUUUAGGUGAUAAGAUAUUAUGUAAGAGAUUAUAUUAACUUUGUGGAAUAUUCAUCUUGGAAGGCAGUACUGGGAUCAGUUCACUACAAAUUCAGUUUUGUCUGUGUAUAUGAAAAGUAAACACUGGAAUUUAAGUGGGAGUUUUUUUUAUACAGAUAACCAAGAAUCAUUUGGUUUUAAAUCUGAUUUCAGAAAAGUGAACUGCAGAUUAUUUAUUAUUUAACCUGUGCUACCAUCUCCAGAUGUGGAUUUUAAAUGUGCUUGUCCUUUCUUUAUAUAUAUUUAUUUAACUAUUAAAAACACAUGUUCUCGUUGCCAUGUGGGCAAUUCUACACAAUUGCUCAUCCACAGCUAUUUCUUAAUGUUGAGGUGACUUAAUGCAGGCUGCUGCCGUGCACUGACGACUUAUUAACAAUGUGCUGAAGUCCUUUAACAUUCACCAGAGUGUGUUUGAUAAACGAUACACCUCUGUGCCUUCAUUUCCCUUUGCUUGGUCAUAGUCACACUGCUGCGGGGUGUGCGUGGAUGUAGUAUAUCACAGACCAUAUACACUCCUGUGCCACCUGCAUUAAAUAUCUCAUUAUUUUAAUGUAUAAAGGUUUCUAAAUGCACAUAUUAGGUGAAAGUUGAACCUAAAAUAAAUCCUCAUGCAAAGAUCAUCCCAUGAUCAGUUAAAAUUGCAUCUAUUUAAAAGGGUUAACAGUACAGCCUCUAAAGUCGGAGCAUAAUCCAUUUCACUCUGCCAUUGAGAAAGAACAUAUCGCAGAGCAUACAUGGAGGAUAAACGACAGAGGAGAUCACAUGCUUAAGCUUUUAUCUGAUUAUGUUACACACAUGAAACACACUGGACCUCCCCGAGCCUUUUCCAGCUCAAAUAAAAUGUGAAAGAUGAAAUUAGCACAGAAAAACAAUAUGUCUCAAAGUGCGAUUGAACCAGCAGUAACUUUCUUCAUCUCCAGCAAUAAAUACACCUGACUUACACUCCCAGCAGUCACUGCUGAAAGUUAUUAGACUGAAUUCCCCUCGACGAGGUUCAUUGUGCCUCCUGCUAAACAAACUAACUGACGUGCUGACCAGACCACUGAAAUGUAUUACCGCACAAGUCGCCCUUUGUUGCUGUAAUGUGAGUUAUUGAUGGCGCCUGUGAUGUGAAAUGAAAAAUGCAUUAUAUUUAUGGAUAUUAUUCCCUCUUCGAGGAAAGACGGUAGAUAUGUUCAUGCAUAUUGUUUGUGCUGUCUGUGUGAUUGUUUUUGUAAUUUGACCAAUGCAUAAAGCCAGUGACUGCAAA